AUGUCUAUGACAUUGACCUCCGAGAUGGCUAGUCAGGCCGCCCAGGCAUAUUUGCCGGCAUUCAACUGCCCUCCAGGCACGAAGAUGCACCUUUUGGACCUAGGAACACUCGAAUGCGACGAAGGCUGGUACGUGGAGCAUUUGGACUUAAGUUCCCAUCGCUAUGCUCACCCGUAUGGAUAUGGUAGGCUCCUUCGUGCCGGGAAUACAAGCACCGUGACGAACAAGAGCCCUGAGAAUAAGCGGCGAGAAUUGAUUGUUCUGUCUGUUUUGAUUGAACAUCCCCAGGAGGGAUUGAUUUUGUUUGAGACGGGUUGCGCGGAGAAUAUCGACAUAAACUGGGGAGCACCGCUGACGGACAUCUUCCCUCGAACGGUGUAUAACAAAGAGCAUAGACUGCCAGAAGCCAUCAAAGCUACCGGCAACGACAUCAAGGACGUCAAAGCGGUUUUGUUUGGACACCUGCAUCUCGACCAUGCCGGUGGCCUGGAGCAUUUCGUCGGCACCGAUGUGCCCAUCUAUGUCCACGAGGAAGAAUUCAAACAUGCCUGCUGGGCCGUCGCAACGGGAGCCGAUCUAGGAGUUUACCUCUCCCAUUACAUGUCUCUCGACAAGCUCAACUGGCAGACAUUCAACGAGCCGCAUCUCGACCUCUUCCAGGGCAUCACGCUCCAUCACUCUCCCGGCCACACGCCUGGACUCUGCGUCAUGCAGGUAAACUUGGAGAAGGACGGGACGUUUAUAUUCACAACGGACCAAUUCCAUAUCGCCGAGAACUACGAGAUGUCGCAUCCCCAUGGCUGGCUGGCCCGUGAUCAUACGGCAUGGUUCAACAGUUUGCAGAUGAUCAAGAGGCUGCAGCGGAUGUUCAAGGCGGAACUGGUGUUGUGGCCAUGA